UUGCCUUUGAGAAAGUGGAGCGUAGGGCACUCUGCCCGCAGUUCUGGCCAGAGUGUCACUCUGGCGGAGUCCCUCAGCCAGCUGUGCGCCCCCCGUACAAGUUUUUCCCUCAUAGGGGACCUGUGGGCCACUCCCACGGGGCCAGAGGAAGGUGCUUCCCACAGCCUAUAGCAAGAUACUGCCUGGGCGGAGACUUCCACUGAGGAUGUCCAUCACGGAGGACGAGGAGUGCUGGGUGCAGCUGGAGGACUACAGGAUGCUGCUCAUUAAGAGCAUCGAGCCAUCUCGCAUCACACCCUACCUGCGCCAGUGCAAGGUCCUCAGCAGCGAGGACGAGGAGCAGAUCUUCAACGACCCCAGUCUGGUCAUCCGGCGCCGGAAAGUGGGCGUGCUGCUGGACAUCCUGCAGAGGACCGGACACAAGGGUUAUGUGGCGUUCCUGGAAAGCCUGGAGCUGGAUUAUCCUCAGCUGUACCGCAAGAUCACAGGGAAGGAACCAGCUCGUGUCUUUUCCAUACUAGUAGACACGGCAGGGGAGUCGGGGCUGACCCAGUUCCUGAUGACCGAAAUGACUCGCCUACAGAAGGCCCUGCAGGAGGAGCGUCUGCGCAGACAGGAGGUGUCUGCACGCAUGGCUGCGCAGCAGGACACGAUCCGGCGGCAGCAGGUGCGGGAGAGCGAGCUGCGGAAACAGCAGGAGCGCGUGUGCCGCAUGCGGAAGGAGAGGGACAAGCUGGUGGAGGAGGCCAGGCAGCUGAAGGACGAGAACUACAGCCUGCUCCGUGAUGUCACCAGGCUGACGGAGGAGAAGAGCAAAGCGCUCAUGGACGCCCGCGACUUGCAGAUGGAGAUCGAGAGGCUGAAACACAGUCUGAUGAACGCAGAGAGCGACUCGAAGAUUCAGCGUAAGCGGACUGUGACCCUGAAGCACGCUAUGGAGAUGCGGCCCAGCCAGGACGCAGUGUGGCACAUGCAGAGGGAGAAUGACCUUCUUAAAGCCCAAGUUGAGGAACUAGAGAAUUGUAUCCAGACAGCAUCAGGUUCAGCACAAGCAGAAGAGGCCAAGCUGAAAAACCAGUGUAUGGAGUUCUGUAAGCAGAGGCAAGCACAGCACCAGGAGCUGGUCAACAGUCUCUACGGCUUGCGGAGGGAACUGCGCAGCGCAGAGGAGCUCCGGGACAAGUACAUGAAUGAGAAGGAGGUGUGGGAGUUGCAGUGCACCCUACUAGAGAAAGACUGCAAGGUGUAUCGCGAGCGGAUGGAAGACAUUGUGAAACAGAUGGAGGAGGUGACAGCAGAGAGGGACAAGGCGAUUCGUACCAGAGAGGAGUAUCACAUGGAGAACUGCCAGAACAUCCAGGCUAAGGACCAGUAUCGGAAGCAGAUCCAGGAGCUGGGCGAGCGCUGUGAUGAACUGCAAGUCCAGCUGUUCCGAACGCAAGGCAAGGUCAUCUCACUGGAGGGGAAGCUACGCCAGACAAGUUGUCCUGCAUCUCCACAACUGGCUUCAGACAUUGAAGAUGGACCCUUACAAAGCUGGCUAGAGAAGAGCCAGACGAGCGAGGACGACAUCAAGGACAGGUCUCGCCCAGCUUCGAGUGAGGAACCUCGGAGUCUGAACUCAGAUGACAUCUGUGAAUUUCAGCCGCUGCAGGACAGUACCAAAUCCCAAGGGUCUCUUCUCAGCGAAAUUCCAGUCACUUCCCAGGAUAUCCAAUCCAAUGAUAGUCCCAGCAGGAGACCCAGAAUGUAUUGUCAUUUCAACUACAGGAGACAGCUUGCAGUGAGGUCAAAGACCACUUGCAAGAAGGAUCAAGAGUUCGACCAGGACAACACAUCAGGGAGUGACAAUACUGACACGGAGGGCAUGUCACCCUGUGAGGGAGGGACAUAGGCUUUGCUCUGCGUGUGACACCAGGAGAGACAUGCAAGAACAUUAUUAGUAUUACAUUAUGAACAUUAACUGGUCUCACCUUCAUGUUCAGAUUAAAUUAAGACUGCAAGAAUGUACUGUAUGUUGGAAAGUUUUUUUUAAUUUCAGAUAGUGGCAAAUCUACCAGUCGAGAUGUGUGUGAAUAUUUUUAAGACGAAACAUCCUUCUUACGUUUUGGGCAGCCUAAUUAGGUUUUUGAAAUGUGGUGUGUUGGACCUUGAGCCACAUGGACAUACAAAUGCAAGCCUUCUAAUGACCUUCCUUAAUCACUGAACGACCACUAUCCAGGAUUCUGAUCAACUCUUACAGAACCUGAAUAAAACUGUACCCAGAAAUUUGUCAUCAGUAAUUAAAUCAAGUAUCAAAGUA